CGCGGUACAUCACAUGAAGCGGGGCGGGGGGGGGACAGCGCGGCCGCUCGCUCUGCCCCGCCGCCCUCCUCUCGCCGCCAACACCGGGCUCUGCCGAGUCAAAGCGCGGAUCGGGUUCCUCUGCCUCCGGUAUAAAAAUCUCGGCCAGAAAUCUCCGGCGGGAGAGAGAGAGAGAGAGGAGGAGCGGGGCGGGCGGCGGCGGGCGAGCCCGUCCGUGGGGAAGCGAAGGGACGCGCUGCGGCGGCGGCGGCAGCAGCAACGACAGUAGCAGCCGCUGCUCACCGGGGACACCCGCGGCUCGCCCCUCUCAGCUGCGGGAGAAGAGCUGGUUUUGACGCCCGAAAAUGCAGCAGCAACAACAGCGUCGAAUGUUCACAGCUGCCCUCCUGGCACUUGUUUUCCUUCUGGCAGCUGUGAGUACCACAGAGGCCGGCAAAAAAGAGAAACCAGAGAAAAAGGCGAAGAAGUCUGACUGUGGGGAAUGGCAGUGGAGCGUCUGUGUGCCCACCAGUGGUGACUGUGGACUGGGAACGCGCGAGGGCACUCGCACUGGAGCUGAGUGCAAGCAAACCACCAAGACUCAGAAGUGUAAGAUUCCCUGCAACUGGAAGAAGCAAUUUGGAGCGGAGUGCAAAUACCAGUUCCAGGCCUGGGGAGAAUGUGACUUGAAUACUGCCCUGAAGACUCGAACCGGGAACCUAAAGAGAGCCCUUCAUAACGCUGACUGCCAGAAGACUGUCACAAUCUCAAAGCCCUGUGGGAAACUUACCAAACCCAAACCUCAAGGUAAAUUCCAUUUGCUGAGACCUGCACACUGCUUCAUGUAA